AUGCCGAUUCUCCCAAUUCCCCUCAUGGCAUUGGGUGCUACUCUGUUGGCACCCACUGUUUCAGGACAAUACUCGCCUCAUUUUCCAGAACCCCCCAAUCCGGAGCCCAUCGAGGUUGUCGAGCUCCCUUUGCCUCCUGUGGUUUCAAGCAAUGCUACAGGUGCUUGUACCUCCAAGAUCAAUCCCCGGGGUACCGGUUGCAUCGGUGUAGAUGCUGGAGCAGAGCAAGAGUUCCAAUCAGGAGACUUCACACCCGAUGGGAAGCACAUUGUGGUCAAUGUUGACUUCAUUGGUGCCCCGGCAGCUCCAGACCCAGCGAGCGUCUACGAUGGCGAACAGCUGAUCCUUAUUACCACGGAUGGUACCAGCUUCCCCAACGGUGAUCCGUGGAGGUGUAUCACCUGUGGUGUUCCGUCAAAGAAUGCUCCUUGGGUCGAUCCCCAGAAAGAUUAUCCUCAUGUCUUUCGAAGCGGUGAUAAGGCGCUGUGGGGUCAUAACAUUGUCUCCUGUGGUGGAAAGCCGUUGGCCAGCGAUGAAUGUACUCCGAACAAUACUCACAUCUAUCCCAUUCACUGGACUGUGUCCGCCGAUGGGACUGGAAAAGGUGGCUCUCCUCGAGAGAUGCGACUUCAUCCUGACGAUGAACACAUGGGCUGGAGCUCCUUCACUGCUACUGGAGGCCAGUUUACUUACUUUGGCCGUCUGGAGUUUAACGCCGACCCAAAGGUUGGGGAGCCUCUUGUUCCUCGAUACGACUUGGUUGAUGUGAACAUUCUCGUUGAUAAAGAUGGCAAACCACCCAUGUACGUCGAAGGCGAUGAAUUAAUCAUCAACCAUGAUGCAAUCACACCCGGUGAACUUCGUGGUUUCAGUGGCUCGGGCGAUGAGAUUCUCUACAUCGGAUCUCCCGUGGAAGCCAAUAACAUCGAUGUCAUGGCCGUCCACCUUACAACUGGGGCUAUCCGUCGCCUCACCAGUCAUCCCGACUAUACUGACCCAAUUACCAUGUCCCAGGAUGAUCAAUGGAUCGUUGCUAUGGACACGCGUGUUGUAGGUCGGCAGAUGUUUAUGUCUGGUAUGAGAUGGAUCCCUCCUAUUAUCGAUUACCUCGUUGUGGCCAUCGCUUCGUCAACGCGCAAUAAUGGACCACGAAGAUUCUUUCAGCCAAUCCUCAUCGGUCGCAAUGGAGAUAAUGGAGACUAUUUCGGUCAGCAGGUCAAUGCGGACGGCGACGGAAGCGAUGGAAGCGUCAAUGAUCCUAACUGGAAUGGCAGAGCUGAUCCAGCCUUGUCUCCUGACAGCACAAUGAUUGUAUACUGGCAAGCUCUUGUGGUUUCUCCCUCUUGCGGCGGUGCCAAUCCUCUUCCAUGCCCAGUUUCUACUGCCCAAGGAGGACGCAAUUACCGGAUCAUGCUUGCUCGUCGUACCUCUCUCAAGCCUUCAAAGCCAGCACCAGUCUUCAAAGCUCCCGAUUUUAUCCCCUGGGCAAAAGCUUUUCCCGCUGGUAGUAAAACACCAACGCAAUACAAGAUCCCAGCCGGCAACUAUACACUACAAGGUCAGCUGUCAGGCGUUGCUGAGGUUGCCUUCAUUGAGGACCCCGAAACUGGCGCCAUUCAAACUAUCUCGGCUUCUUAUAGCAACUAUUCCGAUCAAAGAGGCUACAUCAUCGACGGAUAUGAAAAGGUUACCAAGUGGAAGUUACUUCCCAAUGUCUGGAAAGACCGAGUGGAAUGGUUCUCCAAUAUCACGCAAACUGGAGUAGUGAAAGGGACUAAAGUCACAAGUCGAGAUGGAUUUGAAGUAGAGAUAGAUGUCAUGAUUAACCUCCUAGAGACGAACGGAACAUUGACAACGGUGCUUGAUGGGAUCAAGUACGUGCAACCUGCUAGUGGAACCUAG